AUGGUGUCCAGUAAAGUAGUGUGCCUUUUGGCUUUGGCUCUUUUCGGAAGCGCAGCUGCCCAGCCCGCCAAGGAUGCCUUCUGGAAAGGCACGCCAAUGGACAGCAUGGUCGAGGAGAUGAGAUCUGGCUGCGAAGAAGGAUCUGACCCCACGGCGUGCAUCAAAUACAAGGUUAUGUCGUUGUUGGACUCCAUUUUUAAGAAGGACACCUUCCAGAUUUCGGAAGCCGUUGAAGUGACGAAAAAUGGUGCUGCCAAUGAUGUCACAGGCCGGUCUUCUGGUGAUUUCUUCGACAGCAUUGAGAACUACAUCCAGUCUCACGACGUGACUUUCAAACUUCCCAUUGUUGACACCCAGAUAACCGUAAGCCCCAGGAACCUUGACAAUGAUGAGCUCUCUCUAAACGUCAAGUUCAACAAGGAAGGUGCCCGAUCUGUAGGUGAAGCCCGCAAAGCUAAGCUCAAGAAGAUCAUCGUCCCCAUCCUCGUGUUCGUGCUGUUGAAGGCUAUGACCCUCAUCCCCUUGGCUAUCGGUGUCCUCGGUUUGAAGGCCUGGAACGCUCUGCAGCUUUCCUUCUUCUCCUUCGUUGUCUCCGUUGCCCUGGCCAUCUUCCAGCUUUGCAAAAAGAUUGCGGCGGACAACUCCCACCCUCAGAUUGCUGCCCAUGGUCCUUGGGACGCUGCCUAUGCUGCCACCCGCCGUAGGAGAGACGCUGAACCCCAGGAACUGGCUCAAGAACUGGCCUACAAUGCUUACCACUAA